AUUGAAAUCGUUCAUGAAGAUCUGUGAAUUGAUUUGACUCGCAUCGGAAAGUUUGUGAUCAUCUUGGAGAGUAGAUUCAAUUGUGAUUGAUUUUUGAAGAUACGUCAUAAGGUUAUCAAUUGAAAUAGUUCAUGAAUAGUGAUUAUAAAUUCAGCGAUAUUCUAUUUAUUUUGAGGAAUAUUUCCUCAGAACCAGUGGUUUUUACUCAAUACGGUGAAAAUACUUUUUUAUAACUUUACACCGGGACUAUGGAAGAAGAGCCGAUAUCAGACAUGGGUGGACGCGAGAGGAGAAGAAACAAUACGAAUGCAGCAUCCAGCAACAGCAUAUUCGAGAUGCAGCCCAGCGGCAGUGUGUCCAAGAAAAAAUGCAAGCAAAACUAUGUGAUUAUUCACAAAGGAUUGAAGCAUUUCGUGGCCAACGUUUAUCAGAAAGACAAUAGCGAGCUGUUUGUUGACAAUUUGUGUUUGAGAACGAGCGAUAAGAAGGAGCAGCUUACGUAUCCUUUUAUAAAAUGGACAGUUACCGAAGAAAGUCUACGUGUCAAAAAAGAUUGUGUAUUCUGCAGUAUUGCCUGGUUGAACCGGGAUAAAAAGGAAAAACAAGUUUUCACCGUUAGAGAACGGUCGGGAAAAAUCAUGGUCCGUCCGAAUGAAAUGAAUUUUGCUGGACCAGUGAAGAAUGCCGGCCUUGCUCCUGUCAAUGUGGUCAUCAAGAAUACCACUUCAAGAUGGCCUCUCGCUGUCGAGAAAAUCGAAGUCGACGAAGAUUUCAAACAAUUUAUCACAAUCGAAGAAUUCACCAAAACAAAUCUACUUGCUGGAGAUCAGAGUGAAAUGAAGCUUCUAGUCAACAAAAACCUACUGCCGUAUGGUGCCUAUGAUGUACCACUGACUGUGUCCUACAAGAACGCUUUACAUGCUGAGAUACAAAAAGCUCAAAUACCAAUUAGGUUCAUCAUUUCUUCUCCAGCAUCCUCUAAUGCAAAACCAAAGAUGAUUAAUGGUGAUGACGACGAUAACAUUUCUGAUGACACACCUACGAGUGUCCUUGGAAAAAAAAUAAAGUACAUGAAAUAUCCUAAAAUUGAUGAUCCAUCAAAGAAAAAAAAGGGCACAAUAGUCCUUGGUUUUUAUGAUUUGCCUGCUCCCAUAAGGCAACUGCACAAGGCUGUGAAAAAGAGCCCAGUCGUGCCAAAAGAGUUGCAAACUGAACUGCACGAAUUCGAAAAUGUUCUGGCCCAGCCACUCUCAGCCUCCAACUAUGUCGAAAAGUUCAAGGCAAUCCUCAAUUUGGAGGAGUUUCACGAGGAGAGAGCAAUCGCAAAAUUCAAUAUGUGGAAAGUACCGUUGUUUGGUGGUACGAGUUACUUGUUUAGAUUGACUGUUGGUGAUGGCUUGGCAGAAGGUAGACCAUCUGUGAUGCAAGGUGAUGAUGUCAUUGUAACCGUCAACCGAGAAGCUGAUGGAAGUGAUACAAAAACCAGCAAUAACGCAUCCACUAAAAAUAAAAAGAACAUGAAACGGUACCACGGAGUCAUCAAAAGAGUUGGUCUACGCGUUAUCGUCUUUAGAUGUGAAGAGUUAUUGGAAGUGUACAGAAAGUACCCGAAAAAUAAGUACAACAUACAAUUCGCUCUGAAUAGAUACGUCUAUCGACUUUGCUACAGAGCGCUUGACCUUCUGAAUGACAGUCUCUUGAGCGUUCUUCUGCCACAAGGGGAAUACAGGAAAUCUCAUGAAAAAAGAGAACUAGUGUUUUUCAACGAAGACAUAGCUGGCAAUCCAGAGCAAGUUCAAGCAAUCACGAAUAUAGUGAACCGUUCUUGCGCUCCGUUUCCAUACAUUGUGUUUGGACCUCCCGGAACAGGCAAGACUAACACACUCGUGGAAGCUAUACUGCAGAACUGGGCGGUAGGGAAAUCACAGCUAGUCUGUGCCAGCUCCAACUCAGCCGCCGAUGUGAUUGUCGAAGGAAUCCUGAGACUUUCGAGGCGCAACUCGUACAUGAAAUUCGACCCGAGCAAAAGUAUUCUGAGGAUCUAUUCUAAGAGGGUGGAGAUUGCCAGUGUCAGCGAAUACAUUCUGCAGCAUGAGAUUCACAAUUUCACGAAAACCAAUGAGGCUGAGUUUCCGUCUAUGGAAAGAGUGCUCGAGACGCCCAUUAUUGUCGGAACUCUGGUUACCGCUGCCAGAUUAUCUCUGAUGGGCGUGCCAGCCAACCACUUUUCACACGUAUUCGUUGACGAGUGUGGACACUGCACCGAACCCGAGUGCAUCCUGGCGAUGACAGGCAUCCUGGGUGGCGGGGAGCAAACCAAAAUCGCCGACCUCAGCGCCAAAUACGGGUGGUUCGGGUCAACCACGCCCUCCGCACCCCUGAAAACCCAACUGGUGUUGGCCGGCGAUCCUCAGCAGCUGGGCUCCACUGUACACUGCGAACUGUCCAAAUUGUAUAAUUUCGGCAACUCGCUGUUGGCACGACUGCUGAACACAACCGACAUGUAUCAGCGCAAUCCUGUCACCGGCAAGUACAACCCAGAAGUCAUCACCAAACUCAGCCGAAACUAUCGCUCGCACAACGACAUACUCAAAAUACCCAACCAACUCUUCUAUCAAGGCGAACUGCUGGCAUCAGGAAACCCGGAUGUAUUGAACAGCUGUUUGAAACUUGACUUCCUACCUCAGAAGAAACAUCCAGUCAUUUUCCACGGAGUGACUGGAAUCGAGGAGCAGGAUAACACCUCUCCGAGUUAUUACAACAUGAACGAGGUAGAUCAUGUGGUGUCCUACAUAACUAUGCUGAUCAACCAAGCUAAUGAAAAAAAGUUGGAAUUCACUUUGAAGGAUAUUGGAGUGGUUUCACUCUACAAAAAACAGGUUCAAAAGCUGGUGCAGACGUUUGAGGACCGAAAAUGGGAAGAUAUAGAUGUGGGCUCUGUGGACAUAUUUCAGGGCAGUGAGAAACACAUCAUCAUCAUUUCCACAGUGAGAGGUAGUCGUACUUUGAAAAAUGCAAGCGGAAAAAGACCUACAAGGCAACUGGAGUUUCUCAAUGAUUACAAGCGUUUCAAUGUGGCUUUGACUCGAGCCAAAGCUCUUCUGAUUGUGAUCGGAGACCCUGAAAUUCUGCAACACCAAAGCUACUGGAAAAUGUAUAUGGACUAUUGCAUGAGUUUGGGAACCUAUAUGGGAUCUAUUCCGGCCCGCUAUCGGCAAAUCAAUCAAUUGGUGCCAUUGGUCAGUCCGAAAAAAGGCAAGAAACAAAAGAAGGCAACUAAAAAAGAGCUAGAGACUGUGCAAAAUGGUGGAGGUGGAGGAGACUGUUUGAAGCAAAAAUCGCCGAAGAAAAUUAAAAUUGGUGGUGGUGGGGAUGCAAACAAAUCUGAUGAAGCGUCAAAAGUUGGAGAAGAAAGUUCAGUCAAAAAAUCUGAGGAUUCGACCAUGACUAAUUUCCAAGAUACCAUCAUGAGCCUGGAGAUUGAGGAUUUUGUGGAUGAUAGAGAUCAAGCUGGAAAAAAGAGUAAGAGUGAAUCUCCUGAAGAAGUUUUGAAAGAUGACGAGUCAUGCAACAAUAAUGUAGUAUCGUUCAAAGACCAGAAUAGUAAUGACUCUGAUAAGUGUGCAUUUGAAAUUGAUGGAAAUGAAGAGACUAAAGAGAUUGAGAAAACGCUCAAAUCCCUCACUAUUUCAAACUAAAAUAAAUUUCUACUCCAAGUAUUGCACCUUUCGGUGCCAAGUUAAUGUUUGAAUGGUGCUUAUGAAGUUUACCAAAGGUCUAGGCCUAUAUUAUUUUGCAUGAUAAAAUGAAUACGGUGUGUCAUAGUUAUAUGUAGUAUGUAAUAUUGAUGUUGAGAUCUGUAAUAGAUCUAAAAUUUAGUUUAAAAAAUAUGUUGCUGUUGUAAUAAUUGUCUAGUUUUAAUCAUUGUUGUUAUCGUGAUGGAGAUCUAAGAAAUGAUCCUCUUGAAAAUAUUACAAAUUGUUUUCAGUUACUGAGUAAUUUGUAGUGAUUCCUGAUUUUAGAUUUUUUGAAGAUGUUGUUCAAACAUAACAUUUUAGGCUAGCAAAGUAUUAUGAAAUCUUCAUCCAAAAUACAACUCCUUCCAAUUACAUUCAUCACUUUUUAUAUUUUUAUUCUACUUCUGAUUAAGUUCAUUUUAAACAAGAGAUUCAAGACUGUUUCUUGAACAAGGUAUUUUGUAAUAGUAUUUUAUGGAUUUAGUAUUAUUCGCAGAUAAUGAUCUCUAAGCAGUAUUUUAAUAAACAUUUAAAGACUAUUCUUCCAAAGUACCAUUUUGCUCAAUAAUUUUAGUUUUCUAUAAACUCAUUCCUAAAAAUUAACUAAGAAUAAUUGCAUGAAUAAAAAACUUACCAAUCCUUGAUUUUGUUAAGAAAGUGAAGUAUUGGUAAUUAUUUUUAACAAUAAAUCUAUUAUAACACAAAGAAUAACGCAAAUAACACACUAUUAUAACACAAAUAACCUUUCGAAUAAUAAAAUAUUUUUAAUUCCAAUGAAUUAUUCUAAACUAAACUUAUUAAAUACAAUAUGAAAGACUGUUAAAAUAUAUUGUACUCGAAAGAGUUACUUACUAAUUAUAAUUCACUAAUUAAUUUACUCACUUUAUAUAUAUUUUAAUUGAAACUUUUAAAAACGUUUUAUAAUUUUGUGUAGAAUCAGUAUUUUAAUUGUUGUAAUGUGAUACCUAUUUAUCACGUGACAUGUGAUUUUUAGAUGUGAUCACAUCUAAUUAUAACAUUUAUUUUAAAUUAUAUCUAACUAUAAUCAACUUUUCUUGUUUAUUUCUAUGCUCAUUUUUCAACUUGUAAAGGUGUGCUUUGUAUUGUAGCUCAUCUUCUAACAUAAUUUUUAUCUUAAGGAGUUUUGUACCUUGAGAGCAAAGACUUUAUGACCUUUGAGAUUAGGUUUCAACUUUGUAUUUUUGUAAGAUUUUAUUGGAAACUCAAUUCAAUACUCCAUUUCUAACAGACAAUGAAAUCGUACUGUGAAAUACCUUUCAUAAUGGCCAUGUUAUAUUCUAUUUUGCAUAAUUACAUCAAUAGGAGUAAUUACAAGUUGACGAAAAUGAUUUAACCAACAUGAAUGAUAUUAUUCAAAUGGAAUACCCAAGAAAUAUAUUUUCAAGUCAUUUAUGUGCUAUAAUAAUCCAUUCUCCAUUCCUCAAUCAAAAAUUGUUUUCUCUAGAGUAUUUUGUCAUACAAACAUUAUGUUCAAGUUUUCCAUUCCUUAGAAUAUCAUUGUAAUUUUUGAUACUCGUUGUAUACUAUUAAAUAUUGGAGAUUAUAAAUGAAUAUGAAAUUGAUGUGAAUUGUUGUGAUCACUGUUGUAAAUGUGAAUGUAUUUCAACAAUAAAUGGUGUUCUAAAUAA